GUUCAAUCCUUUUGUUAAACUCAUCCAAAUCAAGCUGAUAUUUGUGCGAUCCUCUUAACAAGUGUCACUCAACUGCUCUUGCCACUCCAACUCAAAUCUCAGUCCGACGACGAUCUCCCUUUAUCUUCCAUCUCUGUUGAUUUCAUCGCCAAGAUUUUGCCUCAAACACUCUGAAAAUGGACGCCAAGCCAACCGAAAUAAGUAGCUCGAAGAUGUUCGGAGGCUACAACCGAAGAUACCGCCAUUACAGCCCAACUCUUGGCUGCUCCAUGACCUUCCACAUCUACUUCCCUCCUUCUCCUCUCCCAUCCCAUAAAUUUCCGGUACUCUACUGGCUGUCUGGCCUUACUUGUUCGGAUGAGAAUUUUAUAAUUAAAGCAGGGGCUCAACGCACUGCUUCCAGUGAAGGUGUUGCUUUAAUUGCACCUGAUACAUCUCCAAGAGGCCUGAAUGUGGAAGGAGAGGCAGACAGUUGGGAUUUUGGUGUUGGAGCUGGAUUUUAUCUCAAUGCUACACAAGAGAAAUGGAAAAACUGGCGUAUGUAUGAUUAUGUUGUCAAGGAGCUACCUAAACUUCUGAGUGAGAACUUCCCACAGCUUAAUACUUCACGGGCAUCUAUAUUUGGUCAUUCUAUGGGUGGGCAUGGGGCUCUAACAAUCUACCUGAAAAACUUAGACAAAUAUAAGUCAGUAUCUGCCUUUUCACCCAUUGCCAAUCCUAUAAACUGUCCCUGGGGCCAGAAGGCAUUCACAAAUUAUCUAGGGAGCAACAAAGCUGACUGGGAGGAAUACGAUGCUACUCAUUUAAUCUCAAAGUUCCAUGAUGUGUCGGCUACCAUUCUAAUUGAUCAGGGGGAGGAUGAUGAAUUCUUACAUGGACAGUUGCUGCCACACAAGUUUGAAGAGGCAUGCAGGGCUGUGAACGCUCCUCUCCUCUUAAGGCUACAACCAGGUUACAAUCAUUCUUACUUUUUCAUUGCUACCUUCAUUGAAGAUCACAUACGUCACCACUCUCAAGCUCUUAGGCUUCCGUAAAACCUUGUGCUGCUUAUGAUCUGCUGUCUCUUAUCUAAUUUCUAUCCUUUGAGAAGUUAAGAAAGGCAUGAUGACAAUGUAGUUUUGGUGAAUAUGAUGUUAUUUGCGGUAUGUGUACUGGAUCUCUGUAAUGUGAAAGUGAAAACUUGUCCUUUGGCGGGUGAACCUUUUGUUAUUUGGUUCCUUGCUAGAGUGGUUAUAAUAUUAAUAGAGUUGUUUUUCGCCUAA